AUGUGGUGUUAUACAGCAUCCACCCACACUGGUAUGAAAUGUUCCUUUUGUGGCUACAUGUCUAUUCGCAAACAAUGGUAUGUUAUGUUUACUUGCUGCUAGUGAUCCAAUCCACUGAGUGUUCGAGUCGCCUCUAUAAUUAGAUAUAUUAUGUAACUACAAUUGUUGCUGAUGAGAUUAUAUGGUGGGAUUUAUCUAACACGUUUUUCAAGACCACCCAUUCAAUUUGAAAUGGACCCCACACACAAUUGAAUGCACUCACAAUCUCUUUAUUCAGACUUUGAUUACUGAAUUCCUGUGUUUUGAUUUUACCUCCUCAGGUGUCUCCUCAGGUGUCAUCUCUUUUGCACAUAUCCAGCUCCUCCUCACUCCAGCCCUGGGAUUCCUCACGAAACAGAGGGACCACACCAGAGAAAGGGCUAAACUGUGCCUCCCUUCCUCCAGGUCCCCUCUGCCUCGGUGUGUGUUUGAGUUCUCUCAAGACGACUCCUCGCUACACCCAAAAUGUCCUCCAUCUUGCCUUUCACCCCUCCAGUAGUUAAGAGGCUCCUGGGGUGGAAGAAGUCAGGCAGUGGCGCCGGGGGAGGAGAGCAGAACGGCCAGGAGGAGAAGUGGUGUGAGAAGGCUGUCAAGAGCCUGGUGAAGAAGCUGAAGAAGACUGGACAGCUGGACGAGCUGGAGAAGGCCAUCACCACCCAGAACUGCAACACCAAGUGUGUCACCAUCCCCAGGUAAGUAACCGUAACCCAAUGCCAGGUAACACAGAGCUAGGGUUUGCCUACAGUCGUUGUAUGGUUCUGUAGAAUGAACAGUUGACCAUGCAUCAGAAACCUACAGGUAACUGCCAAAUUAAAGGAAAUACCAACAUUAUGGCUGCAUUUACAAAGGCAGCCCAAUUCCACCAACAUUAUGGCUGCGUUUACAAAGGAAGCCCAAUUAUUUUUCACUAAUUGGUCUUUUGACCAAUAACAUCAGAUCUUUUUCAGAGCUGAUCUGAAUGUUCGAAACACCAAUCAGUGAAAUAAAGAUCAGAAUUGGGCUGCCUGUGUAAACGCAGACAAACUGUCUUAAUAGGGCGUUCGGCCAUCACGAGCCGCCAGAACAGCUUCAGUGCACCAUGGCAUAGAUUCUACAAGUGUCUGGAACUCUAUUGGAAUGAUACGACACCAUUCUACCAUGAGAAAUUCCAUUAUUCUGUGUUUUGUUGGUGGUGGAAAAUGCUGUCUCAGGCGUCACUACAGAAUCUCCCGUAAGUGUUCAAUUGGGGUGAGAUCUGAUGACUGAGAGACAUACCCACCCACCCUUUAAACCCCCUAUGCCCCUUUGAGACCCCUCUUUCAAAGUCACAGAUCUCUUCUAGCCAUGGUAGACAAAAUAAUGCGCAACUGGGCAUUUUUAGACAUGAUCCUUAGCAUGAUGGGAUGGUAAUUCCAUAAUUAACUCAGGAACCACUCCUGUGUGGAAUUACCUGCUUUCAAUAUACUUUGAAUCCCUCAUUUACUCAAGUGUUUCCUUUAUUUUGGCAGUUUCCUGUAUGUUGUCUGGAGAUGAUUAUUUAGUAUCGGCUAACCCUCUUGUGGCAUCAUCUUUCCUUAAACAGCAUGUAACAUACAAGGUCCCAAUACAUAGAGGUCUUAGCAACUCCCAAAUUCUUUCACAUUUUAUAGGCUGCUACUGUCUGUCUUCCAUUGAAUCUCAGAAAUGGCGCAACAGUUUGUUUUGUAAACACUGACUUAGCCUCCCGCCAUGUACUUGUAUCACAUUUGUCUGAGGGUGUAGGGUGAGAACAUUCCUUAUCAGCCAGUUAACCUUGAUGUCCUAGAGUAGAACAUGUUCUCUGGGAAAUGUUGUGUGUUGUAAAAUACCUUUUGAUUCAAUGAUGACCAGCUAAGAACAGUUCAGAUGUUUAGUAUGUUUAUUAGAAACUGAGUAAAUUGGUAUAGAGCUUGUAUUGUCUAGGCCUAUAAUUGAUGGUCUUGCAAAGAAGUUAAAGUAAAGUUUAAUGCAACUAACCAAUCUUCAUGUCAUGCGUAUAUAUUAGAGAGAAGUUUAGAACCAAUUUCAGAGCUUUUAGAACACAAAAUAUAUAGGGCUUAGCCUAUAGUUUAGAUUCAGUCCCACUUCAGAAGUAGGAUAUAUCAGCUUUGAAGUCAGGAUAUUGUAUGAGCAGCAACUAUCACAUCAUAUUUCCCCAUUUCAUUUUUAUUUUAUUUCUAGAGUUAUUUAUGUUUUAUCAUUCCUUUCUACGUGUCCAUUACAAUCACAAAGUGAAAUAUAGAGGGUGGUUAAUUGGAAAUGUACUUUUUUCCAAGGUUGCGCCCUCCUUUCCUUUUAGUCCCAUUUUGUGUCUUCUGUGUUUACUUAAAUGUCUCAAGAUAAGUCAAGUGCUUGUGACCUACACAGCUGUGGUGGAAAUGUUUCAGUUAUUCCCAAAAUUUGAUACGCCACAGUAGUAAUGUUUUUAUUGUCUGGCAUACUGUUUGUUUGUGGAUAUACUACUGUACUCCCAUCUUAUGCCGUUGUUUUUCUUUAUUCUGUCAAAAGGCUUCUCUUAUUUGACGGCUAUUUUUUUUCACUUCCGAACUGAAAUAAUGAAAUACCUAAUUGAAAAUGACUCUAAUAAAAGACGCCUUUUAAUGUUUACAUUACCCAUACUGGUAUUUCUGAAUGACUCAUGCCCCAUGUUUAUCAUUUUGUUUUUGUUUUGUUUUGUUGUUUGGUUUUUCUGUGCACAGCAAUUGCUCUGAAAUAUGGGGACUGAGUACACCAAAUACGAUAGAACAGUGGGAUACCUCAGGCCUAUACAGCUACCCUGACCAAACCAGGUGACUAUCCUCAACUGUCCUAUGCUACAUACUUUUGUACAACCUUGAUGUGGGAAGUAAUCAUUCCAGGGGGGUGAGGGACAUUGAGAACACAAAUUCCAUUCAUCCCUCUCAUUCUCAUCUCACUUCAUCAUUCCCCACCUCCCCUCUCCACACCCCCACCUUUUGUUUUCCUGGCCACAUGCAUCUCCUUCUAUUCCUCCUAUCGAUUCCUCCCCCUUUUCCUCCUUUCCCCACACUAACUUUUCAUACCUAUCUCCUCCAUUGCCCGUCCUGUCAGAUCCCUGGAUGGGCGCCUGCAGGUCUCACACAGAAAGGGUCUUCCUCAUGUCAUCUACUGCCGCUUGUGGGCGAUGGCCCGACCUGCACAGCCACCAUGAACUGCGCGCCAUCGAGGCCUGCGAGUACGCCUUCCACCUCAAGAAGGAUGAGGUCUGCAUCAACCCCUACCACUACCAGAGGGUGGAGACCCCAGGUAGGCUGUCGUUUGAACCGUUAGUGUAUGUGCUGACUUGUAGGUGCCAUCAAAGCCCAUGUUAACAGCUAGUUGUGACAUUCUUCGUUCUGGAAUUAGACAUAAAAAAUAUAUAUAUUUGUAAGAGAGGCUAAAAGUGGUGUUAGAAUAGUCUUCAAUUAUGUUUUGUAAAGAUGUCACUUCUUUUGAACUUUGUUUGACAUUGAAGAAUCUUCUCUCCACCUUUCCUCUAGUUCUGCCACCUGUACUUGUGCCAAGACACUCGGAAAUUCUGACAGAACUGCCCCCAUUGGAUGACUACACUCAUUCCAUACCCGAGAACACAAACUUUCCUGCGGGGAUCGAGCCUCCAAAUAACUACAUACCAGGUUUGUGCAUCUACCAUGAGUUGAUAUGCAAAUAGAAUUGAUGAUAACGAGGUAUUCAUUUCAGCUCAACAGUGUUUUCACUCCCCUGUUACUAUAGAAACGCCACCACCUGGAUAUAUAAGUGAGGAUGGGGAAGCCAGCGAUCAACCGAUGAAUCAAAGUAUGGACACAGGUAUAUUCCACUUACCUCAAAUAGGAAGUUCUAACAUAAAAUAACAAAAGUAAAACGGUUGUCAAACUGUUGCCAAGUUUAGAUUUGAUGAAAUAUCUUAGUAGAUUCUUUGCACCAAUAAAUCUGACCAUGCAACUUUAUAAUUUCCUGUUUUCUCCCAUGUCAGGUUCUCCUGCUGAAUUGUCCCCCGGCACCCUCUCACCAGUCAAUCAUAGCAUGGGUAAGAAGAAUUGUCUUUUCACACCUGCUCUAUGUCUGAAGGACCAGUAAUUGAUCAUCUGACAAAAUGUGACCAAACUCAUUGACUGCAUUUACACAGGCAGGCCAAAUCUUAUUUUUUUCCCUUUUUUUGUGUGUAAUUUGUCUUUUGACCAAUGAGACCAGCUCUGAAAAAGACAUGAUGUGAUUUGGCAAAAUUGGACUGCCUGUGUAAACAGCCAUUGAGUACAAUUUAGACAGCCCAGUGCCCACUCUGGAGAUCAUUGGUCUAUGCCUUUUAUUAAUAUUAAUAUGCCAUUUAGCAGACGCUUUUAUCCAAAGCGACUUAGUCAUGUGUGCAUACAUUUUUAUGUAUGGGUAGUCCCGGGGAUCGAACCCACUACCCUGGCGUUACAAGCGCCAUGCUCUACCAAUUGAGCUACAGAGGACAUCUCACUUUUUCCCCCCCAGACCUGCAGCCGGUGACCUACUCUGAGCCUGCGUUCUGGUGCUCUAUAGCUUACUAUGAGCUGAACCAGCGUGUUGGAGAGACCUUCCACGCCUCGCAGCCCUCUCUGACCGUGGACGGUUUCACAGACCCCUCCAACUCAGAGCGUUUCUGUUUGGGCCUGCUCUCCAACGUCAACAGGAAUGCCACUGUGGAGAUGACCAGGAGGCAUAUAGGUACAACAGGGGCUAUGUCACAAACGGCACACUAUUUCCUAUGUAGUGCACUACUUUUGAAGGCUUUGGCUAAAAGGAAUAGGGUGCCAAUUCAGAUUUGCCCAGGAAUUGUGCUGUGAUUUAACAACAGAUGUUUUGUAGCAGAAAUACUCAUGCUUAUUUAUUUUUUGUUAUUUCCACAGGAAGAGGAGUCAGGCUGUACUAUAUUGGCGGUGAGGUGUUUGCUGAGUGUCUCAGUGAUAGCGCCAUCUUUGUUCAAAGUCCAAACUGCAACCAGCGGUAUGGGUGGCACCCAGCAACCGUGUGUAAAAUUCCUCCAGGUAACUUAGACAAACACAAUUUCUUAGAUUUUCAGUGUAUUCCUAAAAUAAUUACUUAGUAUUACAAAUCAUUUUUCUCAGGUUUUUAUUCCAUGUUUAGUCAGUCUUACUACUUGGUUAUACAGCCAAUAUAAGAUUGAUAGCAGGGUGGUUCUGCAGGCUUUACUUGUUAUGAUUUUUCUUUUAAAAGUCUGUACAUGAUGCCCAGUAGGGAUGGGCACGGUUAUUUGAAUAUCCGAACGGUCGUUAGUAUUCAAAUACUUGAGAGUGGUGAGGAGGAGCUCCGCGGACCCUUAGUGUCCGAAAGUAAUUUAGCCAUUCAUUGUAGUCAUAGCGAUAUGUAGAGUUGCUAUUUUCUCGCGUUUUCUCGUCAAUUAACUUGUGACAUUCCUGGAUUACUCAUUAUACACUAUAUAUAUAUAUAUAUAUAUAUAUAUAUAUAUAUAUAUAUAUAUAUAUAUAUAUAUAUAUAUACACAUACAUACACAAAAGUAUGUGGAUACCCCUUCAAAUUACUGGAUUCGGCUAUUUCAGCCACACCCAUUGCUGACGGGUGUAUAAAAUUGUGCACACAGCCAUGCAAUCUCCAAUGACAAACAUUGGCAGUAGAAUGGUCUUACUGAAGAGCUCAGUGACUUUCAACGUGGCACCGUCAUAGGAUGCCACCUUUCCAACAAGUCUGUUCGUCAAAUUUCUGCUAGAGCUGUGCCGGUCAACAGUAAGUGCUGUUAUUGUGAAAUGGAAAUGUCUAGGAGGAACAACGGCUCAGCUGCGAAGUGGUAGACCACACAAGCUCACACUCACUUCCGAGUUCCAAACUGCCUCGAAGUAACGUCAGCACAAGAACUGUUCGUCGGGUGCUUCAUGCCGCACACAAGCCUAAGAUCCCAAUGCGCAAUGAGAAGCGCCGGCUGGAGUGGUGUAAAGCUUGCCACCUUUGGACUCUGGAGCAGUGGAAACGUGUUCUCUGGAGUGAUGAAUCACGCUUCACCAUCAGGAUGCCAGGAGAACGCUACCUGCCCCAAUGCAUAGUGCCAACUGUAAAGUUUGGUGGAGGAGGAAUAAUGGUCUGGGGCUGUUUUUCAUGGUUCGGGCUACGCCCCUUAGUUCCAGUGAAGGGAAAUCUUAACCCUACAGCAUACAAUGACAUUCUAGAUGAUUCUGUGAUUCCAAUUUUGUGGUAACAGUUUGGAGAAGGCCCUUUCCUGUUUCAGUAUGACAAUGCCCCUGUGCACAAAGCGAGGUCCAUACAGAAAUGGUUUGUCGAUCGGUGUGGAAGAACUUGACUGGCCUACACAGAGCCCUGACCUCAACCCCAUCGAACAGCGAGCCAGGCCUAAUCGCCUCACAUCAGUGCCUGAUCUCACAAAUGCUCUUGUGGCUGAAUGGAAGCAAGAUCGUCUAAUGGAAAGCCUUCCCAAAAUAGUGGAGGCUGUUAUAGCAGCAAAGGUGGGACCAACUUCAUAAUAAUGCCCAUGCUUUUGGAAUGAGAUGUUCCACAUACUGUUGGUCAUGUAGUGUAUAAAGUCAGAUUUAAUCAAUAAAUACGAUGGUCAGUUGAAAAAAGGUUGAGGGUACAAGACUGUGUACAUAUCUGGCUGUGUUGGCAAAAUCACUACAUAUCCCAUCGAGCCAAGCGGGGAGAGGCUGCCCUUUGUCACAGUUCCAAGACCAGUCAGAAACAUCCAGCUAACCCUACGUCAAUGAUGCCGGUGGAUCUCCAAACUGAACUUGGAUCCGCGUUAAGUAUCAAUGAUUUCCUUCGCCACCGUCGUCUUACGUCAGAUAUCUCAAACCAGUCAUGACUAUUCAAUAAAACAAUACAUCAUUUUCAAGUUUCUUUCCAGCAAAUGUCUUAGUUAUAUGAUUGUAUAACUAGCAAAGGAGUUUUGAAGUUGCGGUAUUUGAAGUUUUGCAAUGAGGACGAAAACUAGCAUUGUUGAGCUAGCCAGCUAGUUUAGCCAGGGGAAAAUGAGCCCGGGCCUAGUGUGCCAGCUGGGCGCACAUGCGCAUUAGACUAAUUCAGGAGACGGAUUGUAGUUUUUAUGCCCUGAUAUCAGGAGAUGGUGGCAAAACAUUCAUUAAACAAUUAGACUGAAAUGAAUAAAUCAGAUAACUUGUAUUUAAGGAGAGUAAAUCGAUAUACAGUGCCUUCAGAAAGUAUUCAUACCCCUUGACUUAUUCCACAUUUUGUUGUUAUAGCCUGAAUUAAAAAUGGAUUAAAUAAAAACAUUCUCACCCAUCUACACACAAUACCCCAUAUUGACAAAGUGCAAACAUGUUUAGAGAAAUUUUUGCACAUUUAUUGAAAAUGAAAUACAGAAAUAUCUCAUUUACAUAAGUACAGUGGGGAAAAAAAGUAUUUAGUCAGCCACCAAUUGUGCAAGUUCUCCCACUUAAAAAGAUGAGAGAGGCCUGUAAUUUUCAUCAUAGGUACACGUCAACUAUGACAGACAAAGUGAGAAGAAAAAAAUCCAGAAAAUCACAUUGUAGGAUUUUUAAUGAAUUUAUUUGCAAAUUAUGGUGGAAAAUAAGUAUUUGGUCACCUACAAACAAGCAAGAUUUCUGGCUCUCACAGACCUGUAACUUCUUCUUUAAGAGGCUCCUCUGUCCUCCACUCGUUACCUGUAUUAAUGGCACCUGUUUGAACUUGUUAUCAGUAUAAAAGACACCUGUCCACAACCUCAAACAGUCACACUCCAAACUCCACUCCAUAUAACUUUUUGGUAAAAACUCAACUCGUCGUGUUUGGAGGACAAAGAAUGCUGAGUUGCAUCCAAAGAACACCAUACCUACUGUGAAGCAUGGGGGUGGAAACAUCAUGCUUUGGGGCUGUUUUUCUGCAAAGGGACCAGGACGACUGAUCCGUGUAAAGGAAAGAAUGAAUGGGGCCAUGUAUCGUGAGAUUUUGAGUGAAAACCUCCUUCUAUCAGCAAGGGCAUUGAAGAUGAAACGUGGCUGGGUCUUUCAGCAUGACAAUGAUCCCAAACACACCGUCCGGGCAACGAAGAAGUGGCUUCGUAAGAAGCAUUUCAAGGUCCUGGAGUGGCCUAGCCAGUCUCCAGAUCUCAAUCCCAUAGAAAAUCUUUGGAGGGAGUUGAAAGUCCGUGUUGCCCAGCGACAGCCCCAAAACAUCACUGCUCUAGAGGAGAUCUGCAUGGAGGAAUGGGCCAAAAUACCAGCAACAGUGUGUGAAAACCUUGUAAAGACUUACAGAAAACGUUUGACCUGUGUCAUUGCCAACAAAGGGUAUAUAACAAAGUAUUGAGAAACUUUUGUUAUUGACCAAAUACUUAUUUUCCACCAUAAUUUGCAAAUAAAUUCAUUAAAAAUCCUACAAUGUGAUUGUCUGGGGAAAAAAAUCUCAUUUUGUCUGUCAUAGUUGACGUGUACCUAUGAUGAAAUGUACAGGCCUCUCUCAUCUUUUUAAAUGGGAGAACUUGCACAAUUGGUGGCUGACUAAAUACUUUUUUCCCCCCACUGUAUAUUCACACCCCUAAGUCAAUACUUUAUAGAAGCACCUUUUGGCAGCGAUUACAGCUGUAAGUCUCUAAGAGCUUUGCACACCUAGAUUAUGCAACAUUUGGCCUCAUGGUGAAAUCCCUGAGCGGUUUCCUUCCUCUCCGGCAACUGAGUUAGGAAGGACGCCUGUAUCUUUGUAGUGACUUGGUGUAUUGAUGGUGUACAGUACUUAAGUAAAAAUACUUUAAUGUACUAUUUAUGUAGUUUUUUGGGGUAUCUGUACUUUACUUUACUAUUUCUAUUUUUGACAACUUUUAGUUUUACUUCACUACAUUCCUAAAGAAAAUGUAUACAUUUCCCUGACACCCAAAAGUACUUGUUACAUUUUUAAUGCUUAGCCGAUCAGGAAAAUUGUCCAAUUCACUCACUAAUCAUCCCUGGUCAUCCCUACUGCCUCUGAUCUGACGGACUCACGAAACACAAAUGCUUUGUUUGUAAAUGAUGUCUGACUGUUGGAGUGUGCCCCUGACUAUCCGUAAAUUAAAAAUAUUUGCUUAAUAUAAGGAAUUUGAAAUUAUUUUUUACUUUUGAUACUUAAGUAUAUUGUGGAUUCCGAUUUGUCAGACCAUCACACUACACACUGCCCAAUCCCAUCUGGACAAGAGGAAUACCUAUGUAAGAAUGCUGUUCAUUGACUAUAGCUCAGCAUUCAACACCAUAGUACCCUCCAAGCUCAUCAUUAAGCUUGAGGCCCUGGGUCUGAACCCCGCUCUGUGCAACUGGGUCCUGGACUUCCUGACGGGCUGCCCCCAGGUGGUGAAGGUAGGAAACAACAUCUCCACUUCGCUGAUCCUCAACACUGGGGCCCCACAAGGGUGCGUGCUCAGCCCCCUCCUGCACUCCCUGUUCACCCAUGACUGCGUGGCCAAGCACGCCUCCAACUCAAUCAUCAUGUUUGCAGAUGACACAACAGUAAUAGGCUUGAUUACCAACAAUGACGAGACCGCCUACAGGGAGGAGUUGAGGCCUCUGGGAGUGUGGUGCCAGGAAAAUAACCUCUCACUCAACAUCAACAAAAAAAACAAAGGAGAUGAUCGUGGACUUCAGGAAACAGCAGAGGGUGCACCCCCCUAUCCACAUCGACGGGACCGCAGUGGAGAAGGUGGAAAGCUUCAAGUUCCUUGGCGUACACAUCACUGACAAACUGAAAUGGUCCACCCACGCAGACAGUGUGGUGAAGAAGGUGCAACAGAGCCUCUUCAACCUCAGGAGGCUGAAGAAAUGUGGCUUGUCACCUAAAACCCUCACAAACUUUUACAGAUGCACAAUUGAGAGCAUCCUGUCAGGCUGUAUCACCGCCGGUGGUGCGAUCUGCCAAACGCAUUACCGGGGGCAAACUACCCGCCCUUCAAGACACCUACAGCACCCGUUGUCACAGGAAGGCCAAAAAGAUCAUCAAGGACAUCAAACACCCGAGCCACUGCCUGUUCACCCUGCUAUCAUCCAGAAGGCGAGGUCAGUACAGGUGCAUCAAAGCUGGGACCGAGAGAAUGAAAAACAGCUUCUAUCUCAAGGCCAUCAGACUGUUAAAUAGCCAUCACUAGCACAUUAGAGGCUGCUGCUGCCUUUUGAAAUCACUGGCCACUUUAAGAAAUGGAACACUAGUCACUUUAAUAAUAUUUACAUAUCUUGCACUACUCAUCUCAUAUGUAUAUACUGUAUUCUAUUCUAUAAUAUUCUACUGUAUCUUAGUCCAUGCCGCUCUGUCAUUGCUUGUCCAUAUAUGUAUAUAUUCUUAAAUUCCAUUCCUUACUAGAUUUGUUUGUAUUGGGUAUAUGUUGUGAAAUUGUUAGAUAUUACUUGUUAGAUAUUACUGCACUGUCGGAGCUAGAAGCACAAGCAUUUCGCUACACCUGCAAUAACAUCUGCUAAACAUGUGUAUGUGACAAAUAAAAUUUGAUAUUUAAAACCAAAUACUUUUAGACUUUUACUCAAGUAGUAUUUUACUGGGUGACUUUUACUUGAGUCAUAUUCUGUUAAGGUAUCUUUACUUUUACUCAAGUAUGACAAUUGGGUACUUUUUCCACCACUGCAGGUUGUAACCUGAAGAUCUUCAACAACCAGGAGUUUGCCGCCCUGCUGGCCCAGUCCGUGAACCAGGGCUUUGAGGCUGUGUACCAACUCACCAGGAUGUGCACCAUCCGCAUGAGCUUUGUCAAAGGCUGGGGGGCUGAAUACAGGCAAGCAUGAUGACCGACUUAUUACAUCAUUACUUUUAUUCUUGCAGCAGUACACAAUGGCAUUGUUAGUAGAAGAUGGAUAGUCGGAGGAAGACGGUAAUAUUAAUGUAAUCAUUGGCAUACAUUUUUGUUUAAACAUUGUAGCCUGCUAAUGGUCCUUUUUUCUGGAUUUGUAGAAACAUUGGAAUGUUUAAGGAGUUGGGAGGGGUAUUCAAACGUGAUUUGUCCCUCUUCAACAAUACUUCUGUUAUGGGGAAAGAAGUCAGAAAAGUUCAGGCUAACCUUUGUUUUUUGGUGACAUUCCUGUGCUUGCAUGCCGAGCGAUUUUACCAAUUUGGCUUUGUUGUCUUUUUGUCUUUUUGUCUACUAGACGGCAGACUGUCACAAGCACUCCCUGCUGGAUUGAGCUGCAUUUGAAUGGACCUCUGCAAUGGCUGGACAAAGUGCUGACUCAGAUGGGUUCCCCUUCUGUACGCUGCUCC